AUGGCAACAUUGCUGUCGACUAUAACAACAAGUCAAAAAUUGUUGUGUUUGGCAUAUGAACACAACAAUGUUUUGAAGGAAUUCGAAGUAGUCGCCACUAAGUACAACAAUAUAAGCGAUGAUGGAUUUAGAAAAGAGACGUUUGCUAAAUUGAGAAGCAUUUUGAGAGCUGAAUUGGAGAGUCAUAAAAACGAUACUGAUUAUGAGAAAUGUGACAUUGGUUACAUACAAGAUGCAGUUGAUGCAAUGAGUCAGUUACGAAAAUUCAUCAGACAGAAUGAUACGACUGCAAUCGAAAAUCUGAUCCAGUCCGAUCCAGGAUUGAAUAUUAACGCUGGAUUUGGAGGCAGUUCAUACUUUAAACCGAUUCACUUGGCUGCCGAAUUGGGCAAUGUACGUGUGGUUGAAACUCUCAUAAAACAUGGUGCCGAAAUUAAUGCCAAGCACAAUAAUACACAUUUGGAAUAUUCGCCGCUUCAUUAUGCAGCGUCCGAAGGUAACGCCGAUGUAGUUCGAUUUCUUUGUAAACGCGGCGCUGACAUUAACGUAGAGGAUGUUCAUGGAAGAACACCAAUCCACAUGGCAGUUUUAUAUGCUAAAGCCGAUGCGGUUCGAGUCCUUUGUAAAUGCGGUGCUGAGAUUAACGCAGAGGAUGAUCAUGGAAGAACAACAAUCCACUGGGCAGCUUUAUAUGAACUUGCCGAGGUGGCCCGAAUCCUUAUCAAGCACGGUGCCGAUAUCAACGCUAAAUGUCUUGAAGGAAAAACACCGCUUCAUUAUGCAGCUAUGAGUGAAAUCGCCGAUGUGGCCCGAAUCCUUGCUGAAUACGGUGCCGACAUCAACGCUAGGUGCUUUGAAGGAAAAACACCGCUUCAUUAUGCAGCUAUGAGUGGUAACGCCGAUGCGGUUCGAGUACUUUGUGAAUGCGGUGCUGAGAUUAACAUUAAGGAUAAUGACGGUAAAACACCGCUUGAUAUCGCAGAUUCCGAUGAAGUUAUCAACAUCCUUAAAGAAGUUGAGCAAAAAUGGCCAAAGUCAAUGGGACUUGCUGCAUAGAGAGCAUUCAAAUGUCUUCGCUAUGCAAUGUGUGCAGAUUUGACUGCCAAACAAAUGCCUUUUAUUUGCAUCCCAAAUGUAUCCUUGUUGAUUUUCUUCAAACAUAAAUCUACGAAUUAAAUGCAUUGAGUAACAAA